GCGGGUCGGGCCGCGCCGCCGCGGCCGCCGCCUCCGCCUCCUCACCAGCGCUAAAGCCGGGACUGGACCGAUCGGAGUUGCGCUGGUUCCCGAAGGGGGGUGGGCCGGGGGCGGGGAGGUUCGUUCCGCGGAGCCGCAGCCAGAACCGGGACCAGGAUUCGCCUUCAACCCUACCUGGUGCAUCUUUGGCAGAACGUGAGGAGGAAAGCACCCCCAUUGUCCCGUGGCAUGGACGUGAGCCCCGCGGGAGGACUGGACUUGACUGAUCAGACUUCUGUUCUGUUAGGGAGCACGGCCAUGGCAGCGAGUCUCACGAACGUCGGAAAUUCAUUUAGUGGUCCACCUGCUCCUUUAGUGGCUAGAGCUAAUAAAUUUCAAAACUCUUCCGUGGAAGACGAUGAUGACGUUGUUUUUAUCGAACCUGUGCAACCUCCCCCACCUCCUGCACCCGUGGUAACCGAUCAAAGAACCAUAACAUUUGCAUCAUCUAAAAACGAAGAGCUACAAGGAAAUGAUUCCAAAAUUCUUCCUUCUGCAAAAGAACUGACUUCUCAGAAGGGAAGUGUAAGUGAGACAAUUGUCAUUGAUGAUGAAGAGGACAUGGAAACCAAUCAAGGGCAAGAGAAAAAUGCCUCCAGUUUUAUUGAACGGAGACCUCCCGAAACGAAAAACAGAACCAGUGAUGUGGAUUUCUCCACUCCCAGUUUUUCAAGAAGUAAGGUAAAUGCAGGCGUGGGUAAUAGUGGUAUCACCACCGAACCAGACUCUGAAAUUCAGAUCGCCGAUGUUACAACCUUGGAGACAGGUGUCAGCUCUGUGAGCGACGGCCAGUUGGAAAGUACUGACGGGCAAGACAUGAACUUAAUGAUCACACACGUAACAUCCCUGCAGAAUACCAACCUGGGAGAGGUCGCGAACGGACUGCAGUCAAGUAACUUCGGUGUUAACAUACAAACGUUCACCCCGUCUUUAACGUCACAGACCAAGGCUGCAGUAGGACCUUUUAAUCCCGGUAGAAUGAAUGGGGCAGGAGAUGUAUUUCAGAACGGAGAGUCUGCAACACAUCACAAUCCUGAUUCUUGGAUCUCCCAGUCAGCGUCCUUUCCCCGGAACCAGAAGCAGCCAGGGGUGGAUUCUUUAUCUCCAGUGGCCUCACUUCCUAAACAGAUUUUCCAGCCUUCUGCCCAGCAGCAACCCACUAAACCAGUUAAAGUCACUUGUGCAAACUGCAAAAAACCUUUGCAGAAGGGACAGACAGCUUAUCAACGAAAAGGAUCAGCUCACCUCUUCUGUUCUACCAGCUGCCUCUCCUCCUUCUCGCACAAGCCUGCUCCAAAGAAACUUUGUGUUAUGUGUAAAAAAGAUAUAACUACAAUGAAAGGAACCAUUGUUGCUCAAGUGGAUUCAAGUGAAUCCUUCCAGGAAUUCUGUAGUACAUCUUGUUUGUCUCUCUAUGAAGACAAACAAAAUCCGACUAAAGGAGCUCUAAAUAAAUCAAGAUGCACGAUUUGUGGCAAACUAACAGAGAUCCGCCAUGAAGUUAGCUUUAAAAAUAUGACUCAUAAGCUGUGCAGUGACCACUGCUUUAAUAGAUACAGGAUGGCCAAUGGUCUGAUAAUGAAUUGCUGUGAGCAGUGUGGGGAGUACUUGCCCAGCAAAGGUGCUGGAAACAACGUCCUGGUCAUUGAUGGGCAGCAGAAGAGAUUCUGCUGCCAAAGUUGUGUCAGUGAAUACAAGCAGGUAGGUAGCCAUCCGAGCUUUCUGAAGGAGGUUCGUGAUCACGUGCAGGACCCUUUCUUAACGCAGCCUGAGAAAUACGGAAAACUGACCGCGUGUACGGGUUGCCGGACGCAGUGCCGGUUUUUCGAUAUGACGCAGUGCAUAGGCCCGAAUGGGUACAUGGAGCCGUACUGUUCGACUGCUUGCAUGAACAGUCACAAGACAAAAUAUGCAAAAUCACCAGGUUUGGGAAUUAUUUGCCAUUUUUGUAAGCGAAACUCCUUACCUCAGUAUCAAGCCACAAUGCCUGAUGGAAAACUAUACAACUUUUGCAACUCCAGUUGUGUGGCUAAAUUUCAGGCUCUCAGUGUGCAGUCAUCUCCAAACGGCCAAUUUGUAGCUCCAAGCGACAUUCAGUUGAAGUGCAACUAUUGCAAAAACUCGUUUUGUUCAAAGCCAGAAGUCCUGGAAUGGGAGAACAAAGUGCAUCAGUUCUGCAGCAAAACUUGUUCAGAUGACUAUAAGAAGUUGCAUUGCAUAGUUACAUAUUGCGAAUACUGUCAAGAGGAGAAGACUCUUCAUGAAACAGUAAAUUUCUCUGGCGUUAAGAGACCUUUCUGUAGUGAAGGCUGCAAACUGUUGUACAAGCAGGAUUUUGCCAGGCGUUUGGGACUGCGAUGUGUGACCUGCAACUAUUGCUCUCAGCUGUGUAAGAAGGGGGCGGCCAAGGAGCUGGACGGCGUGGUGCGGGACUUCUGCAGUGAGGACUGCUGCCGCCGGUUCCAGGACUGGUACUACAAGGCUGCGAGGUGUGACUGCUGUAAAUCGCAGGGCACACUCAGGGAGCGCGUGCAGUGGCGGGGAGAGAUGAAGCAUUUCUGUGACCAGCACUGCUUGUUACGCUUCUAUUGUCAGCAAAACGAGCCCAACAUGACCACGCAGAAAGGACCUGAAAACCUGCAUUACGAUCAGGGCUGUCAGACAUCCCGAACCAAAACGACAGGCUCCGCGCCGCCCCCCUCUCCGACCCCCGGCAAAGAGAUGAAGAACAAAGCAGUUCUGUGCAAACCGCUGACGAUGACGAAGGCGACGUACUGCAAACCUCACAUGCAGAGCAAGUCUUGUCAGACAGAUGAAGGCUGGAGGCCGGAGCGGGUCCCGGUGCCCAUCCCCGUGCCCGUGUACAUCCCGGUGCCCAUGCACAUGUACAGCCAGAGCGUCCCCGUGCCCACCACCGUCCCCGUGCCUGUGCCAGUUCCUGUUUUCCUGCCGGCCCCCUUGGACAGCAGCGAGAGGAUCCCUGCCGUGGUGGAGGAGCUGAAAAGCAAAGUUUCUGCAGAUGCUCUGGACGCUGAGCUGCUCAGCAUGACGACGGUGAUGCCGGAGGAGGAGCCGAAGGCAGAGGGCCUGAUGAUGGAAACAGACCUAACUGCUUCAGAUCUCCUGAAGACCUCCGACCCGGAGGCGCAGCCCGGCAUGCCUGACGUACCGUACGAACCGGAUUUGGAUAUUGAAAUAGACUUUCCCAGAGCUGCGGAGGAGCUUGAUAUGGAAAAUGAGUUUUUAUUACCCCCUGUUUUUGGAGAAGAAUAUGAAGAACAGCCUAGACCUCGAUCCAAAAAAAAGGGAGCCAAGAGGAAAGCUCUGUCAGGAUACCAGUCUCACGACGAUAGUUCAGACAAUUCGGAAUGCAGCUUUCCGUUCAAGUACUCGUACGGCGUGAAUGCAUGGAAGCACUGGGUCAGAACGAGGCAGCUUGAAGAGCUCCUGGUGUUGGAUGAGCUGAAGUCUCCUAAAUCAGUGAAGUUAAAAGAGGAUCUGCUUUGUCACAGCUCUGCGGAGCUGAACUGUGGAUUGGCCCACUUUGUCAGGGAGGUGCGGAGGCCGAACGGAGAGAGUUACGCACCCGACAGCGUCUAUUAUCUCUGCCUUGGCAUCCAGGAGUACUUGUGUGGUAGUAGUCGGAAGGACAACAUAUUUAUUGAUCCUGGAUACCAGACAUUCGAGCAAGAAUUGAAUAAAAUACUCCGAAGUUGGCAACCAAGCAUUCUUCCAGACGGGUCGAUAUUUUCCCGCGUUGAAGAAGACUAUCUCUGGAGGAUACAACAGCUGGGCUCGCACUCGCCAGUGGCUCUUCUGAACACCCUCUUCUACUUCAACACUAAGUAUUUUGGCCUGAAGACGGUGGAACAACACCUACGCCUUUCCUUUGGCACCGUGUGUAGGCGUUGGAAAAAAAACCCUUUAACGAUGGAGAGUAAAGCGUGUCUCCGGUACCAGGCGUCUUCCUUGUGUGGAGCAGAUAACGAAGAUAAGAUUACUACUGGAAAAAGAAAACAUGAAGAUGAUGAGCCAGUGUUUGAACAAAUUGAAAAUACAGCCAAUCCUUCCAGAUGUCCUGUGAAAAUGUUUGAGUGCUACCUGUCUAAGAGUCCACAGAAUCUUAAUCAGAGGACGGAUGUGUUUUAUUUGCAACCCGAAUGCUCUAGUUCUGCAGAAAGCCCUGUCUGGUACACGUCUGCUUCACUGGACCGAAACACCUUGGAAAAUAUGCUUGUACGGGUUCUUUUAGUCAAAGAUAUUUAUGAUAAAGACAAUUAUGAACUGGAUGAAGACACAGACUGAAAAGGAACGUUUCAGAAGCAGUCGGGAUAAAACAGCAUUAGAUAGUCAUGCUGCUAGGUCUUUUACUAUGGAAAACAUUUCAAGUUUACUCCUCCUGUUUUGCGUUUUGUAGCAGUGCACCCGUUCUGGGUCCUACCGUGUAAAUAAUCUGUGAGUGAAGGUUGCCAUUAUUCUAUGUAGUGGUUUUAGGAUACUUACAAAUACAUUCAGAUUCUUUUUUUUAUUCUUAUUUAUUUGAUUAGGUAUGUUUGUAACUUUUUACAUGACCGAAUAUGAAUGCGAACGUGCCAUGUAUAGUUUCCCGUCGCAGGAGCCUCCGUGCUGCCCAGCUCUGCUGUUGCCGAGCCGCCUGGCAGGGGUGCUUCUGGGUUCUGACCAGAUGGUUGUGUGUGGGGAGCAGCUACUAAAAGUUUAGAACUUGCAGUGUCUUUCAGAAUUUUUAAAAUAAACUGUAAACUAAUAGGCUGGGUUUUUUGCUUUGUUUUCCGGGGGGUUUUGUUUGUUUUCGCUUUAGUUCCUGAAGCCUUUCGAGGUGGUGUAGAGAGAUCCGACCUCGUGCCGAAAAGAGGCGAGCGAGUGCGGGGGGCGUCGCGGGCCGUGCGGGGAGAGAGCGUCCGGGCCCCUCUUGCAGCCGCAGUGUCCUCUGCUCCCUUGCGGCUUUCUGUGUCUCCCAGACAGCAGUAGUUACAUACGUGUAUGUGUGUACACACCCGCACACACAGAUGCGCAUAAAGAAUGCUGUUGAGAACGUGAUCACGGAGGCACUUGCUUUCUAAAAACGUCUAAUGGGAAUUCUGUUCUCUGUGUUGACCUCGCGUCUCCCAAAUGCCCUUCAGUUUUGACAGCCGACUUGGCUCUUCCUGGCAAGGGUGCAGAGCAUGUUGCAACACCCAGGUAGCACCCUAAGCGCCACCAGUUUUCUGAGACUUCCUGUCCUGACGCACGCUUUGGGGAGAAUUGUUCAAACACGCCGCUCCUGAGACAGUUGUUAGAGAAGGCGAGCUGGUGUAGAGGAGACGGUGGCCUGUGUCACUGUGAGGCCACCAGCGUGGUGCCUCUGACAUCCCACGUGCCCGGAGGACGGAGGCAGAGACUGCCGGAUGUCGUGUUCGAUGCCGGAUGGUGUGGCUCUGAGUUGUGAGUACUCCUCGCUGAAGACUGCAGUAGAACCGCUGUCGUGCUGCAGCGUGAUCUGUCCCUUCAGACCUUUCCGUUGAGAACAAGGAAGUUUACGUAAAAUGGCACGUUCUGAAGACGGCGCUGGCCGCGCUUCCCCUGAGGAGGAUUUGCGAUUGACCUGAUGGAGCACGAGUCUGACCGAGGUGUCUUGUCUCCGGGUCCUGCGUCACCACCGUGUGGGUCGUUUUUAAAACUGUCGGGGAGCUGGGGCUGUCCUCCGCCGGGUGCGGUGGUGCCGGACCGUCCCCGAGGUCGUGCUCUCUUCCUCGGGGACCUGUCCGCUCAGUCACGGUUCACAAGUGUCAUCACUGUCUAUUUAAGCAAUAAUUGUGAAAGAUACGGGGGCGUAAGUGACUUUAUCAUGUUCCAGCUUGUUCUCUAAGUUUGAGUAACGCUUCUGUCCCUUAAUUGAUUUUUAUGUUUGUUGGUUUGCCAAUCAGACCGACAGCCGCGAAUCUGCCACGGAUUAGAUAGGCCGGUCCUCGUUUAACGCCGUGGGUAAUGUCUUUACAGUGCGUCGGACAGAAGGCUCCUCAUGCUUUCCUGUCCCGGACUGCGGAGUGAAGCACGGUUCCUAUAAACACAUGUUGUUGAUCCCAAGGCGGGUAAUGGGAAUCGCCUUCCUUCCUCCAGUUGGUGCUGCAUUCUGUCCAGAGCAGUGACACCGCCCCAGAGGUCACUCAAUGUAUCUUUUACCAAAUACCACACGUUUCUGCCGGGGUCCCCCUGUUAAUGGCACCUUGUUUUGCUGUUUCCAUUUUCUUGUACAUUUCGGCUUUUCUAAACAAAUGUUUAUAUAGUUUUGAUACUGAUACAAUCAAGGAUUUCGAGCUCUUGUCUUUGUCCUGAUUGCAAACCAAGGAUGGGUUAACUUGAAUCUCAGGGAAAAAAGGAGAAAAUAAUACUAUUUUAUGAGAAAUUGUUUGUUCUGUGAAACGUCCUUCGUCUAGAAUACAUUUCGUUGGUUCCUGGACCCCUUAGUUUGUGUGGUCGUAGCCAACUGACGGGCAAGGGACGGCAGCGUGAUCGUUUCUCUGCUUCUGAGUGAUUUCCGAUGACAGCAGCCUGUAAAUGUGACUGAAUUGCCUUUAGAUGUCGAUUGGAGAUGCUCUCUUUUUCUGUCCCAAGAAGAUUUUGCCAUUUAAAACGACGGAAACGUUUUCACCCAUAUUGAGAAAAGUGAAUUUCCCGUGCACAACUGAAUUUUCAUUCACAUAUAUAUUUUUUUUAGACUUUUAACUGUAUUAGGCAAUGUAAGACAUUAAAGGAUUUUUCUAGGCAAGAAGCUCAACUCUUUUUUUGGCCAUAAAACUACUUUUUGUGUCAUGGUAGUUCAUGUUUUUCUCUACGACAUGGAGGUGUGACCAGUGUGUUAAGCGCACCGGGGCUGGAAGAGGGUGCGUGUUGUGCUAGGCAUUCCGACUUUGCCAGCCUGUUCUGAUGGAAUUUCCCGUUGUCCUGGCCGAUGGUGGCCUCAGGGUGGGGUGACGUGUUGAUGCACGGUGUUAAGGACUAUGUACUGGAAAAGCCAUAAGAUGGCAGCUCUCCCGUUUGUACUGCAGUGCGGGUCUUGCAAUCUUAAAUCACUAUAAACAUGUACAGUUUUGCUUUGCCAGUUAUUUCCAGGAUGUGUUGUUACGCGCCUGUCAUUUAUGUUCUCAGUUGACGUUGACUGUAGGAUCUCGUUCCCUCGAACGACACACUCGUGAAAGUGUACGUGCAGAUGUUUUUACAGAAUAAAUUUCUUUAACUACA